GUGGGAGGCGGCGGGGCGAGCGCCGGAGUCCCGGGGUUGGGGCCGCUUUGCCCCGGCCGGCCCGUCCGAGCCGCCGGGCGCGCUCAGUAAGUGCUCGAAACUCUGGAAAUCUGCGCAGCCCCGAGCCCGGGCGUCUCGGACUCACCCGCGGCCACGUCGGGUUACCCCCCGUUCAUAACCCGGGUGAAGGUUACUUAAUUAAUUGACCUUGACAAUUAAACUGCUGGAAGCGCUAAACGUUCGCUUCCUCCACUUCGUCACCCGUGGCUUCAUAAUUUCCUGUGGGCCGCUUUGUGUCCGAGGGAUGCGGGCACAAGUGCGGUGUGAGCAGCUUUAACUCAGGCCCUGUGUCAAAACAGCCGGGUCCCCGCCAGGUCUGCAGCCUGGGUUCGACCUGAGGAGCGUUCCGUGGGUACAACUCAUUCGGAAACAACGGGAGCAAGGGAUAAAAUCCUGUGCUUCUUCAAGGGAUGAAAUCCUGUGCUGCUUCAAUCCUGCGUUUCUUGGCCUCCCCUGCCCUGCAAUGAGUGACAACGAGCAAGACUGGCUGGCUCUGAGGCCCCAGGAACCUUCUCCAUCCCAGUGCUGCGGCAGCGGCUGCAAGCCCUGCAUCUACGAUGUGUACGAGAGGGAGCUUGCACAGUGGGAGAGAGCCAAAGCAAUGCAAGACAAAAGCCUUCUCACGGGAAAGGAGGAGCAGAGCAAUAAUUCAGAGCUGAAUCCAGAUACAUUCACUGCAUUCAGCGUGAGCUCGGUGGAGCAGCUGACAGAGGACACCUACCAGUACAAAUUUGAAUUACCAGGAAAUAGCAGCCUGCGAUUGAGUUUAGGACAACACAUCGUGUUAAGAGGAGUGCUGAAUGGUUUGGAGGUCCAGAGAGCCUAUACUCCAAUUAGCCCCAGGAAUGCAGAAGGUUACUUUGAAGUUCUAAUUAAAUGCUAUGAAGCUGGGCUAAUGUCACAAUACAUAAAAACGUGGAGAAGAGGAGACGUGGUCUUUUGGCGUGGGCCGUUUGGAGGGUUCCCAUAUCAGCCUAAUAAGCAUGGAGAACUCCUCAUGCUGGCCUCUGGCACCGGCCUUGCACCGAUGAUUCCCAUCCUCCAGUCCAUAACAGAUGAUGAAGAGGAUGAAACCUUUGUAACUCUUGUUGGCUGCUUCCCUACCUUUGACAAGAUUUAUUUAAAACCUCUUCUGCAGGAUUUGGCUCGGUACUGGAAUAUUAGAAUAUAUUAUGUCCUCAGCCAGGAAACUUCACUGGAAAAACUUCCUUGGAGUUAUCAGGAAAACACAUACACCGGUCGUCUCAAUGAAGACUUGAUGAAGACAAUAGUAAACUCCUGUCGAAGAAAGCCAUUUGUAUUAAUUUGUGGCUCUUCUGCAUUCAAUGAAGAUAUGAGUAGAUACUUGAAAGCUGCAGGAAUUGAAGAAAAUUCCUGUUUUGUCUUUUAGCAGGACAUUCUUGACCUGAGGAACCUUAGGCUGAGCCUUGGAUGUCCUCAUUUCUCUGCAGACAUUGCACAAAAUGAGCUUGCUCAGAAGUCUGAGCUCCUUGGAGCAGCUGUUUGUUGAUCCUCGCUCUGGGGUGUUUUAAGGAACAGGUGCCAUUCCAGAGUGGCUGGUACAUGGUGUGCCACCCACACCUCAGGGACCAGCAUGGCAAUUUUCAUGGAAGUGCAAUUUUAAGAGAGAAAUCUCCUGAGGGGGUACUAGAAAGCAUCUAUGCACACAGCUCUGCUGUAAUAUGAUGAUUGGUGACUUGCUUUGCAAUCUGUGUUAUUCUGCAGUGGUGUUGUGCCCUGUUAGGUGUCCAGAGGAGAGGUAUAAUCCUCAGGGAUCCUUGGCAGGCCAAGGGGACAGCAGAGUCGGGAUCCUUUUGGUUCUGUCAUGUGCAGGCUGAUGUCAGGCAAGUCCCUUCAACCUCACUGCCUCAGCUGCCCUGUUGUACACCAAUACAGAGAAGGUGGCACUGAUCUCUGAAAACAGCCCUUCCAAAGCAUUUCCAUUUCCAAUAUGGAAAAAGUACCCCUAAGGAUGGAAUGAUACAUUCUGUCUAGUGAGAACUGAGGCAGGCUGAGCUCCUGCCCUGGCACAGCCUGUGUUACCUACCCUGUGCUUAGCCCUUGAAAUGCUACCUGGGGAGACAAAGAGCUGGUCCUACAACUGGGAGAGUGUGAUUGGGUUGUGGAUGCUGUCUGUCAGGGAGGACGGUUGUUUGCUUUCCAUGUCCCCUAAGUGUUGUGUCAUAGCCCUGGCUCAUUAAAUUGAACCUCUUCACAAAUAAA